CAGUCCGAAUAAAUUCCUUCCAAAAUGCCGUCGCACAAGACCUUCCGUACCAAGCGCAUCCUCGCCAAGAAGGCCAAGCAGAACCGCCCGAUCCCUCAGUGGAUUCGUCUGCGCACUGACAACACCAUCAAGUACAACGCCAAGCGUCGUCACUGGCGUCGCACCAAGCUCGGCCUGUAAGCGGCAGCAGCUCGGAUUGGACAGUUUUACAGUUGGACGAGGUCUCUCUGGACCCUGGCGUGCGAUUUCGUGCUGGAUUAACUGCUGGAGUUGCUGGACUGUAAAAGGACCAACUUAUUAGCAGCGGAUAACCGGAACGAAUUCUAUUGAGAAGGACGACCCACU